AAAGAUUUGGACAAAAAAUGAUGAAAUAAUUUUCGUGUCGGACACCCCUCUGUUUUUCCUCUCUUUCUCACACUCUGUCUCUGAAUUUACCUCCAUUGUAUCAGCUCUCUCUCUUCACCGACGCCGAGAAGACAAAAUCCCCACUCAAACCCUAAAAUACAUUUCCAAAACCCAAUUCAUCAAUCAAACCCAAUCCCCAAAAAAUUUCGAACCCCACCAUCAAUCAAUUCAAAUAGAACCCAAUUCCCCACUUUCCUUUUCCAUGUCCACAACCUAAAAUCCCUUCAAUCCCCACCUCUUUCAGGACCUCACUUUCCCCAAAUCCAUCACCGAAUCCCUCUAUUCAACCCAAAAAAAAUAUAAAAAAAAAUGCUAGGCCAGUUCUUCGGGGCUCGCCGGCUAUGGAAAAUCAAGAGAAUCCUCCGAAACGGUAAGCUCACUCUUCUCUGUCUCGUCCUCACGGUGGUCGUAAUCCGCGGCAAUCUCGGCGCCGGCAAGUUCGGCACCCCACAACAAGACCUCAACGAGAUCCGCGAGCGCUUCUACUCCGGCCGCCGCGUCGAGCCCCGCCGUGUCCUCGAAGAAGCCCAAUCCACCACCGCCACCGGUACCGGUACAGACUUGGACAACAGUUACGCCACAUUCGACAUCAAAAAGAUCUUGGUAGACGAAGGCGAGGACGAAAAGCCUGAUCCAAACAAGCCCUAUAGCCUCGGACCCAAGAUCUCGAAUUGGGACGAGCAGAGAGGUGAAUGGCUUAAACGAAACCCUAAUUUCCCUAAUUUUCUCAGACCCAAUAAACCUAGGGUUCUGUUGAUUACUGGGUCGUCGCCCAAACCGUGUGAAAACCCGGUUGGGGAUCAUUACUUGUUGAAGUCAAUUAAGAACAAGAUUGACUAUUGUAGGUUACAUGGGAUUGAGGUUUUUUACAAUAUGGCUUUGUUUGAUGCUGAAAUGGCCGGGUUUUGGGCGAAACUACCGUUGAUUCGGAAGCUUUUGUUGUCUCACCCGGAGGUUGAGUUUUUAUGGUGGAUGGAUAGUGAUGCUAUGUUUACCGAUAUGGCUUUUGAGGUCCCGUGGGAGAGGUAUAAAGAUCAUAAUUUGGUGAUGCACGGUUGGGAUGAAUUGGUGUAUGAUCAGAAGAAUUGGAUUGGAUUGAAUACAGGUAGUUUUUUGUUGAGGAAUUGUCAGUGGUCAUUGGACCUUCUUGAUGUUUGGGCUCCAAUGGGUCCGAAAGGGAAAGUUAGGGAAGAAGCUGGUAAGAUACUCACUAGGGAGCUCAAGGAUAGGCCUGUUUUUGAAGCUGAUGAUCAGUCAGCUAUGGUUUAUCUGUUGGUGACACAGAAGGAUAAGUGGGGUGAGAAGGUGUAUCUUGAGAGUUCUUAUUAUUUGCACGGUUAUUGGGGCAUUUUGGUGGAUAGGUAUGAGGAGAUGAUUGAGAAUUACCAUCCUGGUCUUGGUGAUCAUAGAUGGCCUCUCGUGACCCAUUUUGUUGGUUGCAAGCCUUGUGGGAAGUUUGGGGAUUAUCCAGUGGAGAGGUGCUUGAAGCAAAUGGAUCGCGCAUUCAACUUUGGGGAUAAUCAGAUUCUGCAAAUAUAUGGGUUUACACACAAGUCACUAGCAAGUCGGAGGGUUAAGAGAACGAGAAAUGAGACGAGCAAUCCUCUUGAAGUCAAGGAUGAGCUUGGUUUGCUUCACCCGGAAUUUAAAGCUGUUAAAUUAUCGUCUUCUUGAGGGGGCACACGGAGGUGAUUACCUUGAAAUCAUACAUUAUGAUUCUUUUGUGCACUUUUAGGGUGUAUACAUGUUCUUUUGUAUUUUGGUACUAUUUUUAACUAGUGGUAGCUCUGGUUAUGUAUUACAUAUUUAACUCAAUCCUUUGUGUUACUACUAGUCUUUAAAUCAUAUUGAUUUUGAAUGGAAAGCAAAGUCUAAUUUGUGCCA